AUGCUCUUCCCACAGAUUCUCACCUUGGCUUUCGUCACAGCUAUUUUUCCUGUGGCCAUCGCGCUGCAGCUCCCAGACUACCGGGCCUUGAAAACGUCACUCAAUUCGACCGUACUCGAGGUCACCUUCCAUAACCCAGACGCUCCUGUCGUCAACCUUUGGAGUCAGGACACCCAAGACGAGCUCACGGACCUUGUCGAGAGACUUCAGAGUGAUAAUGAAACUAAGGUCGUCAUUUUCAAGAGCGAUGUUCCGAGAUUCUUCAUCGCCCACCUUGAUCUGGAGAUACUUGCCGGACCUAAUACCAAUUUUAUCUACACAUUCGCAACCCUUCUUUAUAAUAUCACAACCCUUCGACAAGUUACGAUUGGUGCCGUAGAAGGCAGAGCACGGGGAGCAGGAAGCGAACUACUGUCGGCUCUGGAUAUGCGCUUUGCAACCAGGACUGACACUCUUAUUGCGCAGCCAGAACUUGGGGUGGGCCUAAUCCCAGGUGGCGGCGGUAGCCAAUUUCUUACCAAUCUGAUCGGCCGCGGGCGCGCCAUGGAGUAUAUUCUAGCCGCCAAGGACAUUACUGCGUCAGAGGCUGAAAAGAUUGGUUGGGUUAACAAGGCGUUCGAGACUUCGGCGGAUAUGUACGCCUACGUUGACCAGCUGACUUCUCGGCUCCGACUGUUCCCCUUGACGGCUUUACACGAAGCGAAGAAAUCCAUCAACCGCAUUUCAGCCCCGACCUUUGAGGACAUUUAUGCGGAGGCGGUCGCGUUCUCUAAGCAGGUAGCUGAUCCCCUUACACAACAGGCGAUGCAGAGAUCAGCCGCUGUGUUUGGCAACAUGUCGCUAUUGGAGGCGGAGUUGAAUCUGUCCGACUGGGCGCCUGCAUUUUACCAGUAA